AUCUCUCUACCCCUUUGUCCCCCACCCCCUUGGCCCCCCGCCCUCCCUCCCUGGCAGAGUUGGUGGCUGUGCCAGCCCUGCAGACUGUUUGGAAUACUUUAAAUGCUUUGACACUCGGGCUGUGCUGGAUGGCAGGACGGCAGUUUACUGGGUGAUUCACAUGCAGAGCCGCACCAUGAAUCUCGGCGCUCAGUUGCCGUGGCACCACGGAGCGUUUCUCCGCGUACAGUACAGUAUUUCUGCCAUCUUUGUUUGCAUUGUGGUGAGUCAUCAAAGUCUGUCUUGUACCAACACCCGGAGCCGUGCAUUCCUCUGGCACCAACACUCCACUGUUUUUAAAGCCGGGGCUGGAGCUGGCAUUUACUUGGGCUCCCAAGUCAAAGGCCGCUAUUCAUUCCCGAGAGCUGCCUGAAUGUCCGUCUGCAUCCGGCCUCUUCAUUUAGAUGCUGUGCGCUGCCCCGGAGAGCCGGGCUGGGUACAGCUGAGCUGCGGCCGCCGAGCCCAGCGCCGAGACUCUCUGCCCUGCUCCUCCUCCUCCUCCUCCUCCUCCUCCUCCUCCUCCUCCUCCUCCUCCUCUCCCGGCUCCUCGCGCCCUCCCCACCCCAAGGGCUCCCGCUCUGUUUGCUGCAUUCCCGGAGCAGCUGGCGAGCCUGCCCCUGCCAGGCGGAGCGGGCACUGCCGGGCCACCGGCGGCAGCCGCCAAAGAUGUGCCCCGCUCGGGCGCUCCCGUGCUGAGUGUGAGGCGAGCCCUCUAGCGCCUGCCCGCCAUGUCUCAGCUGCUGCACAUCGAGAUCCCCAACUUCGGGAGCACGGUGCUCGGCUGCCUCAACGAGCAGCGCCUGCUGGGCCUCUACUGCGAUGUGUCCAUCGUGGUCAAGGGCCAGGCUUUCAAGGCCCACCGGGCCGUCCUGGCCGCCAGCAGCCUGUACUUCCGCGACCUGUUCAGCGGCAACAGUAAGAGCGCCUUCGAGCUGCCGGGCACUGUGCCUCCCGCCUGCUUCCAGCAGAUUCUGUCCUUCUGCUACACGGGCAGGCUGACCAUGGCGGCCAGCGAGCAGCUCGUGGUCAUGUACACGGCCGGCUUCCUGCAGAUCCAGCACAUCGUGGAGCGCGGCACGGACCUCAUGUUCAAGGUGAGCUCGCCCCACUGCGACUCGCAGACCGCCAUGAUCGAGGACGCCAGCUCCGAGCCCCAGAGCCCCUGCAACCAGCUGCAGCCGGCCGCCCCCGCAGCCCCCCCCUACGUCGUGUCCCCCUCCGUGCCCAUCCCGCUGCUGACCCGCGUGAAGCACGAAGCCACGGAGCUGCCGCCGGCUGCCGGCCCGGGCCUGGCCCCCAAGCGCCCGCUGGAGACGGGGCCCCGGGAUGGCGCCGCGGUGGCGGCGGGCGCGGCCCCCCUCAAGCUGCCCCGGGUCUCCUACUACGGGGUGCCCAGCCUGGCCACCCUCAUCCCCAGCAUCCAGCAGGUGCCCUACUCCCAGGGGGAGCGGACCAGUCCGGGGGCCAGCAGUCUGCCCACCACCGACAGCCCCACCUCGUACCACAACGAGGAGGACGAGGAAGACGACGAGGCCUAUGACACCAUGGCGGAGGAGCAGUACGGCCAGAUGUACAUCAAGGCCACCGGCAGCUACGCAGUGCAAGAGAAACCAGAACCCAUGCCGCUGGAGAGCCGCUCCUGUGUCCUCAUCCGCCGCGACCUGGUGGCGCUGCCCGCCAGCCUCAUCAGCCAGAUCGGGUACCGCUGUCACCCCAAGCUCUACUCAGAAGGGGACCCUGGCGAGAAGCUAGAGCUGGUGGCAGGCUCUGGCGUCUACAUCACACGAGGUCAGCUGAUGAACUGCCACCUCUGCGCAGGGGUGAAGCACAAGGUCUUGCUGAGACGGCUCCUCGCCACCUUCUUUGACAGGAACACACUGGCCAACAGCUGUGGCACCGGCAUCCGAUCGUCCACUAGUGACCCAAGCCGCAAGCCUCUGGACAGCCGGGUCCUGAAUGCUGUGAAGCUGUACUGCCAGAACUUCGCCCCCAGCUUCAAGGAGAGUGAGAUGAACGUGAUCGCCGCCGACAUGUGUACCAACGCCCGCCGCGUGCGCAAGCGCUGGCUGCCCAAGAUCAAGUCCAUGCUGCCCGAGGGCGUGGAGAUGUACCGCACGGUCAUGGGCUCCUCGGCCGCCGGCCCACCCCUCGACCCCGACUUCCCGCCCGCCGCGGCGCAGGUGUUCGAGCAGCGCAUCUACGCGGAGCGGCGGGCCGACGCCGCCACCAUCGUGGCUCUGAGGACUGACGCCGUGAACGUCGACCUGAGCGCCGCCAACAACCCCGCGUUCGAGGCCGGCGAGGAGGCGGACGGGGCGGGCUCCGUCAUCCAGGAGGUGGCCGCGCCCGAGCCGCCGCCCGCGGCCGCCCAGAGCCCCCCGCAGCCCUUCGAGCAGGGCGGCACCAGCUCCAGCCGGCCGCAGACGCCCGCGGCGGCCCGGAGACAGGAGGCGUCCUACGCAGGGACCUUGUAGAGGAGCCGCCGGCCCGCGGGACGGUUUUCCAGCUGCUUGCAUGCGUUACUAAUACAACAAAUGUGAUCAAGCCACUUACCUACGGAACUGCUACUGUUGCCUGAAAAAAAUGUGAUUUUUAUCCUGCUUGUAUUUAAAGUUGAUGAAGGAAACACACGCAUUCGAUAUACUGUAAGGACGAGUCCGCCGGUGACCUCGCGAGGAAGGUCCCAGGGCCCCUUUUGAUACCUGCGAGGUUAGCCUCCAGGCUGUGGCCCCGCCCCCCGCCCCACCCCCACCCCUCGCGGGGGCGGGGACGGGGACGGGAGCCUGGGGGAGGGGAGAGGGGGGGUCCGCCUGCCCUGCCUCCCCGCCCUGCCCGCCCCUUCUGCCCAGGGGGCCUGGGUGUGGGGCACGCGCCCCCUGACACUCACUGCUCACCGCCCUGGGGCCAGGGGCCAGGGGCCAGGGCUGGGCCUCCGGGGGCCAAACUCCUCUGGUUUUCCUUCUUCCUGAGACUCGGGGGUCAGGCCUUCCGGGUCCACUGUGUGCGUGGGGUGUGGGAGCGCGUGAGAGCGUGUGUGCGUGUGAGUGUGUGUUUGAGCGUGUGCGGGGGCAGCGGGAUGGGCCGCCCACAGGAGGAGGCAGGGUUCCGGCAUCUCUGUCCUCCCACCCUGUGCCCGUGGGCUCCCCUGGUCCCCCAGCUCCUUGGUCCUUGGUGCACCGGGGCCCCACAGGCUGGGCCAGCUGCCAUGAGCGCCCGCGGGCUCCCGCCCGCCACCUGCCAUCCUGUGGGGCGUGGCUACGGCCCUGGUGCCGCCCCACAGCCCUCAGCCACGUUGGGAUUACGUUUGUCUGUUUAUUUGUUUUUGUCUUAAUUCAGAUCUAUUUCAUGUAUGGUUUGAAAAUUUUCAGACCCAAAAGAGCAAAAAAUUAGGGAGGAUUUGGUGUCCCUGCCUCCAACCCACUGUGGCGGGGGGCUGGGUCAUCUGUAUCCGGGUCCCGCCCGGCCCUGGGUCGCACCUCCCUCCUGUGCAGAGCAGGGCCGUCGCAGGGAGACGCAGCCGGGGCAAGUGACACAGGAGGGUGCUGCGAGCCCUGCUCGGGAGGAGGCAGAGGCCAGGCCGGGCUGGAGUGGGUCCCCGUUUUGUGCUGCAAACCCUGGGGUGUGCGCCUCUGCGGCUGUGGGUGUGCGCGGGUGGGGGGAGCAGUAGGGGUGCAGUCUGGAAUGCACGGCAGGGUGCACGGAGGAAGGGCCCCUAGAAGUUGCUGGAAGGCUCACUUUGAAGUUGAGUUGCUGUGUUUUGGUGAGGGAGGGCCCGGGCUGCAUGGAGCACUCAGGUGGCCACUUUGUCCAGGGGCUUCCUUCCUUCCGAGCCCCAGGCAGCCGGUAGGCCAGACCGGAGACACCCCUGGGUUUCCGGACCUGAAGGGGUCUGUUGGACCCCUCCCCUUCCCUCGCACUCUCCCCACCCCCGACUGGGUGCAGAUUAGGCCCACCUGCCUGCGUGUGCCUGUAGGUGUCCCUGCCCGGGACCCACAGAGCUGAGCCUCCCCCAGCUGCGGGCGGCCUGCAGGGGCUUAGGCCCCUUUCCACUGAGGGUCCUACUGACUGCUGCCCUGUGUGGAGAGGCCCUGGGGGAGGCUUGGGGAGGGGGCUCCCUGCACGGAGCCUCCAGCCUCCUCCAGCCGGCCCAAACAUGUGCCCACCCUCCAGAAAGAUCUGAUGGCUCCCGGAAGAGGGGUGGGGGGACCUUGGGCAGGCACGGGGGAGCUGAUCGCAGCCCCUGUGCCCCAGACCAGGGUGGUCCGGGCCUGGAGGUUGGGGCCCCGAACCCACCGCCUGGCCCCGAGAUACGCCUCUCUCUCUGCCACCUCCUCCCCCCCCCCGACUUGGGCCCAGGUAGGGUUGGCUCUGUGUGAGCCCCUCAGGACCUGGCCCUCCUGGGACUGCGAGAAGGCCUCCCCCCAGCAUCCUCAGGCGGCGCCUGGGGGGUGGGGGUGGGGAUGGGUAAGGCUGACCCCCAUCCCCCCAUCCCCCCUGCAGCUCCCCUUCCUCACCCCAAUGUGCACUUUAAUUUGACCAUCCCUGAGGACCCUGGGGAGAUGGCCAGCCCGCCCCGGCCGUCAGCAGAAGGGCUCGCUCGCUCUCCCUCUCUCCCCUCUGGUCCAGAGUGGGAGCGGCCCCCGACCCGAGGCCAGGUCACGCAGGGGUGCACUGGCCCGGUGGGGGCAGUGGCGCCUGCACAGAGAAGGCCUGACCGCCACUCAGGCCAGCACAAUGUCCCGCGACCUCUGUCCCCUAAUUGUUCAUAACCGCCGUCUGUUUUGUUCUGGGUAAGGAAGGCAAGAGCUAUGGGUGAAACUUUAAUACUUCAAUGUGAAUGGGUUCUGAGCUCCCCCUGUGCCCCGGGCGGGCCAGGCCGAGCGUUUUGCACUAAAGUGUCCCGCGGUGGACGUGGGUCCGGAGCGUUUGCAGACGGGCAUGGCUGAUGAUUGUAUCUGCCGGGGCGCUCCCUCCGCGUCCUGAAUGUUCCGCGGGGCGGGCGGCGGUGGGCCUGGGCUCGGAGGGGCCUUCCAGAGUGCCUUAGCAUCUUCCAAUCAUUUUUCCCAAGGAAAACCAAUUAAGAAAACCGGACCCUCCCCCUCCUCUGUUUACAAGACGGCUAAUUCCUGUCCCGUGAGCGUGACCCUGACUCACCCAGACCCUGUAGACCGAGAGACAAGCCACUCAGUAUUUAUGACAUUUCUGCACCUUUACUCCCAAGCUUGACUAUUAGCAAUAUGCAUACACUAUGUAGAGUCUAUUAUAGAGCUAAGUUAGACCCGCGCCUUUUUGAGGAGGAGAGAAGGGACUGGACCCCGUCAGAGCGGACGUGGCGGGCAGCCGGCUGGGCGCCCAUCCUCCCCCGGCGGACGGGCUGUGCCACAGGAGGCAGCUGGGACGGAGUGCAAAAGGUCCAGGAGAAGGGACGGGUAGAUGUGACAGAUACUGUGAGCUGGCGGGGCCCCCCCCGGCCUGGCCGGGGCGCCUCAGUACUUGAAUUCUGUCUUGUUUUCUGCACUGUGUCUGGUCUCACCCAGAGUUCUCUGUGGUUGCUUAACUUUGCGUUUGGUUCGAUUGUCUUACCUUGCCCCUGAAUGUGGCCGUGGCCGGGGAUUAGAGGCCAGGGGAGAUAGCUUCCCAGGUGCGGCCUGCAGCCCCUCUCCGGCUGCCGUGGUGCUGGCUGACCGUGGGCCUGGGGUUCACAUCUCCUCCGCGCAAGCGAGGGAGCUUGCGUUUGUGUGGGCGUUUGUGUUUGGAGCUGGAAGGAAGGCAGAAGGGGUGGGGCGCGGCGGGGGGGGGGGGGGGGGGGGGCGGAGCCGGAGCAUCUGCGGGGACUCUUGGUGUGCCCGGCCCUGACCUAUUCCCUCCGAACGGCAGAACUUUCUAGCACCAGCCCAGUGCCACCCCCAGCCAUUUACCGCCUAGACUCCCCUCAGAUGGGUUAUUUUUAUGGAGGUGUCUUGAUGCCCGCGGAAAGAGGCCGAUGGCCCAUUAACCGACCGAAAACUGCGAGAAAACCUCUGUUUGCCUCUCCCAGCAGUAAAUCCUAAACACAGAAUUGAGAGUUCAUAGCUGUCUUGAGCUUUAACUACUGCGAUGCAUAGAUGUGUCAUCAUGUCAGCCAGCCAGCUCCGAAUACCCGCCACCCGCCACCGGGAGGUCGUUAGGGCUUGGUACAAGAUGUUUCUAACAUGGCAAAGGUUCUGGGUUCCGUUUGUUUGUUUGUUUUGUUUCUUCAAGAAAAAAAAAUGAAAAGGAAAAUUAUGCAGAAUCUGGAGCGUUCAGAUUGGACAACCUGCUUGAAUUCAGAUCAACCCCUUCAUUGUUAGCGUUUUGCACAUGAUUGUAAUUUUUAUGUCAAAAGAAGCCAAAACUUGCAAUACUAUUUUUAGCAGACAAAAAAAAAAAAAAAGAACUUAAGUAUAAAAUGUAUAAAUAUUUUUGACUUGAACAUGUGGAUGGCACUGGGUGCAAACAGACCAUUCAUGCUUUGGACGGAAUGUUUGGGAAAAAGAGCCUUUUGAUAAAGGAGACUGUCGCCGCCACACGGUCUGGUGGGGGUUGUUAGGUAGUGCUGUAACUCACGACUGUUAAUAAACGAAUGAGAUCACUGUCCCUGUGCCGUGGAGGAGGUCUGUUUCCUGAGCCCCGAGCUCCGUUCCAGCCCCGCAGGUGCGUCCUCUCUCCUUUCUGCUGCUACUCAGCAGAGUCAAGACUGUUGCUUUUUCGCCGUGGCUGACGCUGCACCGGUAACUCGACCCUACAGACACGUCCGCCGGCGACCGGGAAACCCAGGGCUUCUGUCGCGCUCAGAGCCGAUUCGUGAGGUGGAAAUCCGUUACAAACAAACAGAAGGAUGUGAUCGUUAAUUGUAUAGCGCUUUGUAAAAUUCACAUUUACGGAAUAAUAAAGUCAGUUCAAACCCA